UUGUAUCACCGCCGUCUAGUCGCCGUAUAGUUUAUUGAAGUGAGAGGGUAAAAAGAAUGGGGGACAAGAGGAAGAAGACGUUCAUGUUCAUACGUCUGGUCUCGGCUGCGGGAACAGGAUUCUUCUAUGUGAAGAGGAAGAGUAGCAAGGGUCUUCUUGAGAAGCUUGAGUUCCGCAAGUACGAUCCACGUGUCAACCGUCAUGUCCUCUUCACCGAGCAGAAGAUGAAGUGACUCUAUUCUCACAAUUAUUUUCCCUUUUCUUUUCUUGGUGAUUCAUUUUGCUUUCGAAUUCACUUAUAAAUCAAAGAACUUUGAAGUUUAGACUUUGUGAUUUUCAGUUUGAGGAAGGGAGAAUGGAUAAGAAGACCUCAGAUCAUAGUUUUCAUUUUUUUGAAUUUACUGAUGUUAUUUAACAAUGCAAUAAGUAUGUGGGAGGUUUAAAAGGCUUCAGACUGUAUAUUUAAUCCAACAAACUCAAUAAUGCAG